GAGGAGGAUGUUCUYUAUCGACGAAAGAUGUGAUGUGGUUCACGUAAACUCUAUUCGAUGACAUCCUCCGAUGUUAAAAUGYCGCUAGACGACUGAAUGARGAGAAACAGAUCAUGCUAGAUGUGUAAGACUGACAAUAUGUUUGGGCAAGAUUGCUUUGACUAAGCGGCAAUAUUUUGGUUCUGAUUCAACAACUUUCAAUAACACAACCGGCGACACAUCCGUCUAAUCACAUGUCCUAACUUUUUCAAAUUCGUUUCGCGAUAAAGCCCUCUAGAUAUGGAAGGGAUAACAGCAAGACGACAAAUAACACUCUCAAGGAGAGUGUACAAUGAGCAAGAGUUUAAAAAAUGUUAUGUUCCCAAGCAAUCGUCCAAGAAAGGAAGAACGCCUUGCCAAAAGCUUAGGAAACACUUGUGCGAAAAUAUCUCGAAUUUGACUUGCAAAGGUAUUCUUUUCUSUUGGUUCCCUAUCCUGACGUGGCUACCGAAAUACAGCGUCAAAGAUAAUAUCAUUGCAGACAUUGCUGGGGGAUUGACCGUAGCUGUGUUACAUAUUCCUCAAGGUUUGGCGUACGCUAUGUUAGCGUCUGUACCAGCAAUUACAGGACUUUAUCUCGCUUUUGUGCCGUUACUUGUGUAUGUGCUACUUGGAACAUCGAGGCAUUUAUCAUUAGGAACAUUUGCCGUGGUUUGUCUUAUGAUUGGUACAGUYGUAGAAAGAGAGGUUCCAGAUAUUAAUGAACCAGCUACAUCAUUAUCAGUWUUACCRUCAUUAGYACCAAAUCUAACGACUCCAACACCUAACACAGAUUUCAGUAAUUCAGUUAUCAAAGUUGUUUCAAACACUAGUACUUCUGAUCCAGAGGAUCAGAUUGCAGCGAAGAAGAUGGAAGUUGCUKUAACACUUUCACUCCUUGUUGGAAUCAUUCAGUUUAUAAUGGGAAUAUUAAGACUGGGUUUUGUAGCCGUGUACUUGUCUGAUCCACUGGUCAGUGGUUUUACUACUGGUGCYUCUAUACUUGUGUUUACGAGUCAAAUCAAGCAUAUUCUUGGGCUUAAAGUACCACGAUACUCUGGAGUGUUUGCUACAAUAAAGACUUAUAUCUACAUGUUUUCACACAUUGAUGAUGCCAUUCCUGGUUGUAUCGUUACUGGUGUUGUUUGUAUAGUGGUGUUACUGGUACUCAAAAAGAUUGACGAAUACACUCGGCCAAAAAUCAAGUUUCCUAUUCCAGCUGAUCUUAUUGCAGUAGUAGCAGGGACAGGAAUAACAUAUGGUUUUGAAACACAUAAGAAAUUUGACGUCUCUGUACUUGGMUUUAUACCCAAGGGAAUUCCACCACUUACAGUUCCAAAAACUGACMUUAUGGCGAACAUACUAAGCGAUGCUUUUGUUAUUGGUAUUGUUAUCUUUGCUUCAAAUAUCUCAUUGGCCAAAAUGUUUGCUAAAAGAAAUAACUACACCGUGGAUGCAAACCAGGAACUUAUUGCUUAUGGUGCAGUAAAUAUAAUAGGAUCAUUCUUCUCCUGUUUUCCUACCAGUGCAUCRUUAUCUAGGUCAGCAGUGCAAGAAACAAUAGCUAAGAGCUUGAUGUGCAACUUUCCUGUUGUAGCCAUCAUCCUCUUGGUUCUACUUUUUGCUGCUCCUUUAUUUUACACAUUGCCAAAAGCCGUCCUCGCAGCUGUUGUCAUCGUAGCUUUAAAAGGUUUAUUCAAGCAGUUUUCACGUUUUUGUGAACUUUGGAAGAUUUGCAAAUAUGAUGCCGCCGUGUGGAUUAGUGCUUGGUUAGCUGUAGUUAUUCUCGGUAUUGAUACUGGUUUGGCUGUGGGUAUCAUUAUUGCAUUAUUGAUUGUACUUGUACGCUCUUCAAGACCGCGAUGUGUGAUUCUUGGUCACGUGCCUCAUACUGGAAUAUACCGUGAUUUAAGUCGGUUCCCAGGGGCCAAAGAAUUCCCAGGAAUCAAGAUCUUUAGAUUCGAGUCAGCUUUGUUCUAUGCCAAUGCRGAAUUCUUUAGGAAUGAGCUGAUAAGAAAGAUCCAUCUUAACCCUGACGAUAUUAACAAGAAUGAAAUCAAGCAACAACAGAGAGUGAGCUACAUCGGUAAUGGAGACAAACGUAGAAAAGAUGACAAUGAUCCCGAAGCUGCUGAUAGUGAUCAAGGAGCUGAUGGAUCUGUAAUUAUUGAAAACUUCAUGAAUGGGGGAGUAGACAAACCCAAGAAGUCUUCYAGUGAUGAGAGUUCAGAAUUCUCUGACGAAGACAUGAAUAUACCUAUCCAUACUGUUAUAAUUGACUGCAGUACUUUUAACUUUAUCGACACUCAGGGUGUCAACUUAUUGAUUCAGAGAAGCCUAUGUUCUUCCACAGACGGUAUCCGUGAAAUGCUGUACAAAGCAGGGUUCACAGAGGAGGUCGGGAUACAUCACGUGUUUAUUUCUGUUCACGACGCCGUGGUUCACGCGCGACAUCCCAACGACGAAGUCGAAGAAGUCAUGAGCAUCGACACCGAGUUAUCUUCACCCCCAGUGAGUGCUAACCCAAGUAUCAUUAUACCAACCUUACCACCGUGUCCAGAGGAGAGUAACUCUUCACAGGAUGACAUAACACACUUGUAGUCGGCUUGGUUGGCCAUUUGUACGGUGUUUGCCGGAAGAAGUUUGAUGUGGACAUAACCGAAUUUUUAUAAAUAUAAUUGAAUAUAAAGAUACAAGAAUGCUCAUAAAAAAGACAAAAUUAUAUUCUAUUUUUAAAAUACAAUUUUGAUACAAAUAUCUCAUAAUUUGGAUUUUAUGAAUAUGUAGAAAUGAUAGAUUAUAUGGCACUGGAUGAAGUGUAUUAUUUUCCAUAAUGUAAAUGUUUACUCUUCCCGCGAUUCAGACGUCAUCAAUUCAGUCUUCGACGUCAUCAAUGUAACCAUGACGUCAUUAAUGUAACCAUUAAAAUGUGUGACGUCAUAAAUUCAUCAUUUGAAUUAAAUAUGACGUCAUUAAUUGAAUUUGAUGAUGUCACAAAAGUGAAA